CUCAGACAAAGUCAGAUCUUGAAACUGAGAAAGGUUCUCCAAUUUGCACAAACAGAUUAGAAGCCGUUGCUAGCCAGUUUUCAUACACAGCCAUCAGGUUCUCUUUCCGAUGCAGUAAUCCGUACCUCCUACCUGAUUGAGGUACCUGCCCCGCCAUUCUCGGACCUUCCAAUCACUUCUCAUCUUGACCUCCUCAACCGCAGCACCUACCUACUGAGAUCCCAUCAGCGAUUUCUCACUCGUUCAAGUUUAAACUCUUGCAUAACUGCAUUGCGCCUGAAACUGUUACCAUGACCAAGUCAGACCUCGACAUGCUGCUCGAAAUGGGCUUCGAGCAGGCCCGCGCCGAGCUCGCAGUGAAGAAGACCGGAGGAUUGCAGCAAGCCUUGAACUGGCUUGAGGAGAACCAAGACAAGCCUCUGGAAGAACUGCAGGCAAGCCAGGCAGCUGGUGGUGGUACUGAGGGCGGCGAGGAAGAGGGUGCCGCAUCCACCAUCCCUCCAGGCGCAACCGCCGCCUCGCUCGUCUGCAAUGAGUGUGGCAAGAAAUUCCGCAACCGUGAUUUGGCUUCUUUUCAUGCCUCCAAGACAGACCACACCGACUUCUCAGAGUCGACAGAGGAGAUUGCGCCGUUGACCGAGGAGGAGAAGAAGGCUAAGCUGGAGGAGCUCCGCCAGAAGCUGAAGGAGAAGAGGGCGAACCAGUCAAUCAUCGAUAGGGAGGAGGCCAGGAGAAAUGAGCAAAUCCGGCAGAAAGCCACUCGGGAGUCACAGGACAUCAAGGAGGAGCUCCAGCGGAAGGAGCAGAUGAAGGAGGCGGCCAGGAAGCGCCAGGAGAAGCUCGAAGACAUCGAGGCGAAGAAGCGAAUAAAGGCCCGGAUUGAGGCCGACAGGCUCGAACGUAAGCGCCGGGAAGAGGACGCCAAGGCGAUGCGCGAAGGCAAGCCUCUACCGUCGCAAACUGCGCCACCCACUGCCCUGGCGACACCCGCCGCUCUAUCGUCCGGGUCGUCCGCUGCUACCGCCCGGCUGAGGCUACAGACCAAGAACGGGAACCUUGUCAAGUCGUACCCGAGCGAAACCACCCUCUUCGAGGUGGCCCAGCAAAUCGAGGCGGAGCUGGGAGCUCCCGUCCAGAGGUUUUCCCUGACCUUCCCGAAGAAGACGUUCGAGGCCGGCGUGGACUUUGGGCAGACCCUCGCAGAGGCUGGUCUGGCGCCCAGCGCGGUGUUGGUCGUAAAUUAAGUCAAUUACGCAUAUUUUAUUUACACACACAGACAGCAAGAUGUGAGGUGGGGCAAAGAAAAGCGCCUCCAGGGAACUGAUAAGACGGCUCGCAGAGCCAUUGACUUCACCACUUUUGCGU